UGAAGUCUUGAAAAAAUGUUUGUUACCCCUGAGCUUUUAUUGUUCUUGAUUAUUUUGACACCAAUGCAAUCGACAUGCUAAUUUGCGAAGUGUUCUUUUAGAUUGAGUAUCUACUUCUCGGCAGUAGUGCCGACGCAUCUCAGAGAUCGUCGACAUGUGCCUAAAGCAUUUUGUCGUCUUGAGGCUGUGAACCACAACGUAACUUCAGCCUACAACCGACGUCGCUUUUGCGACGGACGGGAUGGGCCCUACUGUAAAUAAAAUCCCGCCUAAAUAUUUAUUUAGGCCAUGGCUCUUAAGAUGAGACGAUUCGUACUUCUAUUGUUAUUCAUAUUCGGCACUAAAGGGGACGAUGACGUGGAAUUCUUCGACGUCCUCUCCGUGGUCGGAGAUGAGCUACCUGAGGGCGUGACGCGAGUGGCGGGCCGUUGCCAACCGUCCGCCACCAGACCUGAACAUUACUCGGCGCUUCAACUCAACGAGAACGCGACAUUGCACCAACUGGCUGCUGGAAUGUUCUACAACACGUUCCCCGAAGACUUCUCUAUUAUCGCCUCUGUUCGAUUGCCAGGCACGGAUCAGAAUCCACUAUUCGUGUUGUACUCGGACGCGGGGGACGAGCAGUUGCAGCUGGUGGUAGGAGAGCUGGUGGAACUCUACUACGAGGACACUCGCGGCGACCCUCCCGAUCACGAACUGCUCACCUAUCGAGUCAAUAUCGCUGAUGGCAAGUGGCAUCGAAUUGGUCUGAGCAUAAAAGGAGAUUCAGCGACUCUGCUGGUGGAUUGCGAGAUAAGAGAAUCACUUCCACUGAACCGAAAGCCGGGCAGCACCUUCAAUUUGGCUGGGGCGCUUGUCGUUGGCACACAGGUUACACCAGACCAAUAUUACGAGGGUGAUAUCGAGCUCUUACAAUUUGCAAACAAACCGGAUGUAGCGUAUGAUCUGUGUCUUACCAUAGCACCAGAUUGCGAAGGAUUUGGAUCACAGUAUGAAGGUGCAGCAUCUACAGGCAAUGUAAACAGAUUGGGCAACACUGAUGGAGCAUAUUCAUAUAUCCCAACACCCGAUUUGGAUUUAGUGCCUCCGCCAACAGAUAGAACCAUAUACGAACCAGUUGAUGAAAAUCCAUCAUUAAAUGUAAGAAAUGGAUCAAAUGAAUUGUGGUCGAUAGCAACAAGGGAUCUUUCAACGUCGAAACCCUUUUGGCCAGCACCCGAUGCUUAUGCACAACUUAGCCAAUAUUCAACAUCAACAGAUGCUGACGAAAAUAGUAUCUUCGGAAGGUUUACUGAUAUUGACGAUUUGAAUUCUACGCCAUUAAAUAACAUAGACUUCCCUACCGUAACAGUAACUACAGCAAGACCGAUACGACAGAAUAAUUAUAACAAUUUUUUCAUACAAAAUUCUACUCUCGUUACAACCGAAGCUUCGUACCCUGCAAUGACGACUACAGAAGAUUCAGACUGGCUUACCCAUCCACCAGAAGUAUAUGAAGGUAAUUCAUCAAUUGUCUAUGAUCCCACUGAUAAUUACUAUGACUAUGGAGGCAGAGGUGUGUACCUAGGACCGCGUGGUUAUCCCGGCCCUCCUGGACCUCAAGGGCCAAGAGGUCCUAAAGGUGAACCUGGCAGGCCUGGAGUAGAAGGCCAACAAGGGUUCACGGGACCUCCUGGACAUGUUUUUGUUGUACCAUUGCAUCAUUCCAGUAAUGACAAAGGUCCAGAUGGUCAAGCAGAAGCACUUCGACAAAUGCUGACCCAACACAUGACCGCAAUGAGGGGAGUUGACGGUCCCAUGGGACUCACUGGACCCCCCGGGCCUGAAGGGGAUAUUGGCCCAGAAGGACCUAAAGGUGAACAGGGUGAGCAAGGAGAACCGGGACCUCCAGGUGUAAGAGGACCACAAGGACCUCCUGGUCGUAUUGGAAGGCGAGGACAUGCUGGAAGAGAUGGAGAAAGAGGAUCAACUGGCGCUCCUGGACCUAAAGGUGAUCAAGGUUAUCCAGGGCUCGCGGGAAUGCCCGGAGACAAAGGGGAACGCGGCACUCCGGGGCAACAAGGUGAAACUGGGGCACCGGGUCAAGACGGCCCGUCGGGAGAUGACGGUCCGCCGGGGCCGCCAGGGUUAUCUGGAGAACUGGGACCUCGAGGUUUUAUGGGACCAAGAGGUUUUCCUGGCCUAAUCGGCUACCCAGGCAUUCCUGGUAAUGAAGGGCCACAAGGAGCAAAGGGCACAUCCGGACAACCGGGUCCCCCUGGCACUCCGGGGCAACCAGGCCCAAUGGGACCUCCAGGAUCAACGGGGGCACAAGGACCUAUUGGCACUCCUGGAAUACAGGGUCCUCAAGGUAAACCAGGGAUAUCAGGACUACCUGGUCCCGAAGGAUCUCCUGGAACACCGGGCAGCCCUGGACAACAAGGAUCUCCAGGUGAAUCGGGGCCUCAAGGUUUACAGGGAAUGCUAGGAUUUCCAGGACCUCGCGGUCCUAAGGGUGAUGACGGACCCCGGGGAGUACCAGGAGAUAAAGGAGACAAAGGGAUACGAGGUCUUGAAGGUGAAAAGGGAGAAAUAGGACCAAAAGGCGAAAGGGGACAUCCAGGAGAACCCGGUGUUCCCGGAAUUGAGGGUCCGGAAGGGCAGAAAGGGAUUGAAGGACCUAGAGGUGAGACUGGAUCGAUUGGACCAGUCGGUGAAAAGGGAGCUACAGGACCACAAGGACUAGCUGGGUAUCCUGGAACUCAGGGAGAAAAAGGAGAUAAGGGAGCAUCGGGUAGGAGAGGUAGAAGGGGAGCGAAGGGAGUUGUGGGUAUGAUCGGCAUUCCAGGCGAUAGAGGAGAAACUGGACCAAGAGGGUACAGAGGACCAAGAGGACGCCGGGGAUCAGAUGGUCCUCCGGGGUCCAAGGGCGACACAGGGCAGCCAGGACCAUCAGGACCUGCAGGCGAAAGGGGUCCACAGGGACUGGAAGGUACUCGUGGCUUCCCAGGCGCUAUAGGCCCUCCAGGAUCGGACGGAAAAUCUGGAUUACCGGGUCCUCCAGGUGAACGAGGCCCAGUGGUAAGUCGACUUACUUGAAAACAAGAAUAAGCGACAAUUACACAUUUUUGCAUGUCCUUCUGAAA